UUGAAGAAAGGUGGAAGGAAGGUUGUUCACUCCAAGCAUUGGAUCGGAAAAAACCAAAAUAUAAACUGAUGUUACACAGUCUUUAAUUAGUGGAUUGAUUUGUAACAGGCUUCAAUAACAUAUCAACAGUGACCCAGAGAUGGCUGAAGAUGAUGGUUACGUCAUACGGGCCCGGGGUUUACCCUGGAGUACCACAGCAGCUGAAGUGAUGGACUUCUUUGAAGGUUGCAAUAUCGUUGAUGGGGAGAAGGGCAUCAACUUCACCUUCAACAACAGUGGCAAGCCCUCUGGAGAGUGCUUUAUAGAGUUUGAGACAGAGGAUGACUUUCAGGAGGCGAUGAAGAAAGACAAGGGUUACCUACAGAAGAGAUAUAUUGAAUUAUUCAAAUCUAAAAGGACUGAAAUGAUAUGGGUCACAAACCGCAACAGUGAUGGAGGUGAAAGUCUUGUCAAGCUGAGAGGGCUCCCUUUCAGCUGUUCGAAAGAGGAGAUCGCAGAGUUUUUCAGCGGGUUGACGAUUCAAGCGAAUGGGAUUACGCUACCUACGGACCACGAUGGGCGCAAGACGGGAGAAGCCUUUGUGCUGUUUGCAUCAAAGGAAAUCGCUGAAAAGGCUUUAAAGAAACACAAGUCGCAUAUGGGGCACAGGUACAUUGAGAUCUUCAAGUGUCAACGGGAUGAGCUCGGAAGGGCGACCAACCCAUCCCGUGGGCGUGGCAUGAACAGACCCGGCCCCUAUGACAGGAACUCUGGCGGGGGAGGUGGCUUUUCUCGCGGUCGCGCACGGAACUCUGGUUUUGAGAGGAGAUACGGAGGUGGUGGCGGUGGAAGCAGUUACGGAGGUUACGACAAUGACUUUGGGUAUGGAGGCUAUGGUGGCGGUGGAGGAGGAGGUUACGGUGGAGGUGGAGGAGGGUAUGGUGGCGGUGGAAGGAGUGGUAGAGGAGGAGGAGGAGGGGGAGGAGGAUGGGGUGGAAGCCCCCAGCCAUUGUUCUCAAGAGGAGGAAGAGGUGGAAGACGAGGUGGAGGAGGAGGAGGCAGAGGUGAUAUGGGAGGGGGCGGAGACUUCACAUCUUCAACGGGCCAUUAUGUUCAUAUGAGAGGGUUACCGUUCAAUGUCACAGAGCAAGAUAUCAGAGAAUUCUUUCAUGGAAGCGCCAUGCCCUGCAAUAUUGUCAUCCACGAUAUCAACGGCAAGCGAACCGGUUUAGGCGACGUUGACUUCGGAAGUCAUGAAGAGGCCCAGGCAGCCAUGAAGAAGGAUAAGAACAACAUUGGCACACGUUACAUCGAGCUUUUCCUCCAUUCUAAUGAAGGCGGCGGAGGUGGAGGUGGAAGAGGGUUCGGCUCUGGAGGAGGACGAGGAAGCGGCGGUGGAUACUCAGGUGGUGGUGGUUACGGUGGUGGCGGUGGUGGUGGUAGCGGUGGCUACUACGAUUCAAUGGGCGGAGGAGGUGGAGGUGGAAACAACUAUGGUGGGGGCUAUCAGUGACCUCCGACGUCAAGCUUCAUUCUACAGUCAACAUUUCUUUCAAGCCCUUUUACCACACGUACAUGAAUCAAUACGGAGGUGGAAUCCUCUCUGUUUGAUGCAAUUGCCAUAUUUCUUAUCUUUACGUUGUCGGGUGCUGCACCCUAGAUGUAGAUCUCCUCACAUAUCAUGAUAGAUUAUCAAGUUGAAAUCAGAAAUUGCAUUAUAUUUGAACCCGCAUGUAUGCAUCAACAAAAUUCAGAUUUUCUGCAAGACAUGAAUUUUCUUUAAAAACCCUCUGUUUUAUAUUCUUUAUAAGAAUUAUGUUCAAGAAAUUUUUAACUGGCAUUUGUUACGAGGAUGUUGCACGAUUUGCGUAUUUUUUAGUCCCCUUUGGAAAAACCAUGUAAUAAUGAAUUGCCUACCCAUGUAGGUUGUUGAUUUUGAUAGUAAAUCACAACAGAAGAUGGAAGAUAAUCAAAAUCCUCAAUGAUUUCGCCCAAUACAACGUCAUUCAAAACUUUUUUGUAUUAGAUUGGAAAAUUGGUUUGAAUGUUUUCUAUGUUAAUGGUAUUGGCCAAAGAGUUUGAGUUGUUUUUAACCAUGUACAGAGUACCUAAUGUGUUUUUCUAAUGUUAAGGCAUCAAAUCUAACCAAAUCUAACCCAGCUUACGUGUUAUCCAAUGAAGCAUACAAUUAGAAUCAAUUAUGAUUGUGUCCUCGAGAAAAAAAACAAUGUCAGCGGGCAUUUCUUGAAGCGAUGUGUCAAUAAAUGAUAUUCUCUGACAAAUGCAUCUUUGACCAAUCAUGUGCAAGGAUUUCAGUAGCUUUCAACAGCUGUAAGUGAAAAUCAACCACAAAAUGCUCUGUGAAAUGCUCUCCUAAUAGACAGAUUGAUGCCUCACAUCUAGACAGCCCAUAUUGAUGCAUGUAUUUAAAUUAGAGGCUAAUUAAUUAAAAAAAAUAUGAAAAUCCAAAUAACCCUUACUGUAUUCUGGAUUAACCUUAUUGAAUGGAUCAAGAAUAGUUUGUAAAUAUUUCUUAAUCAUGUUCUGACUUUCAUUAGUUGAUCUUGAGAUGGCUUGUCAAAGUGCUAUAAUUGAUGUGUAUUCUUUUCUGCAUGGACAUCAAUUGUUGGUAGACUUUCAUGUACAUGAACGUAUUGUAAAUGUCAGUGUAAGUUGUCAACUUUUUUCUUACUUUGUUCAAUUUUUAGUUUGAUAAAGGUGAUAUCAGCAUCUUCUACUUGAAGUUAAAUGCAACUGUAUAGGUAUUUGUAAAUCACACACUGCGGUAGGUUAGAUGAAUUCAUAUCUGAAUUGAAACACAAGUUACAGUUGACACAAUCAAUUCAAAUUGUUGAUUUCAUUGUGUUGGGUUUAAAUUGCAUGUCACAUGCCCAAUUACAGCAAGAAAUGGAAUUUAUAUGAUUGCUGAGAAAAGUGUCAUUCUAACGUCCAUGAUUCAUCUUAAUGAUCUUAGUAAUGUCAUCAGUUGCCCGUGAUACACAUUUAUUGUGUGAUGUUGAAGUGUUAAUUGUAAAUGUCAUUCCCUUCUGCUUUGUUCCAGUUUUGUGUAAAUGAACCUGUUUUUCUAGAA